CCCUCUGUGUCCCUCUCGUCUCCUGCCCUCCAGGGUGUGUUGGAAAGUUUCCUGGGCACAGCAGUGACAGGGGCCUUAUUCUGUCUGCUGGCUGGCCAGCCUCUCACCAUCCUCAGCAGCACAGGUCCUGUACUGGUGUUUGAAAGGCUCCUCUUCAACUUCAGCAAGUAAGUGUCACCCUCUCUCUUUUUCUUGCAUUAUGAGCACCACAGAUAUUGAUACUCUGUCAGGGAGGCUUUCAAGAAUAGGUUCCUCCGAGUUGUUAACACAGUGGCUCCCAUUUAGGAAGUUAGAGUAAAGCAGAGCGCCAACCCUUCGUUUAAUCAUGAAAUCCUUGAAACCAUUCAAUCAAGGAACAAGGCCUUCAUUUUAUAUAUAGCGCUCAGGAAUGAGGCUCAGAAGACUGUGGAAGCCAAAAGGGGGUACUAUACUGACACAAUUGCAGAGAACAAAAACAACCCCAAAAAGAUGUGGAAAUCAUUAAAGGAAUUAGGAUGUAGUAACUCUGCCACAAACAAAUCCACUAGACGUUAUGGGUGAGGUGGUUUUCAACAAAACAGUGGUGGCUAAUGAAUUCAACUCAUAUUUUAUGAUGAAUUCAUCUCAUAUUUUACCUCAGUAAGUAGGUUGGGAACUUACCCACCACCAGUCGUUUGUUUGGGAAUUACCAAGUCAAGAGCUACUAUGCCAAGCUAGGGGUCUAACCAAACUCUUUCUCCUUUAAAGUGUUUCAGUAGCCAAGGUAGCUACAAUGCUAGCUGAGUAUAAGAUGUUGGACAACGAUUCAAAGAAAGUGCUAGCUAAUGCGCUCAUCCAUUGUCAUUUUGACUAUGCUAGCACCUCCUGAUUUGAAGGCUUAGCUAAUCUACUAAAAAGCAAGCUUCAGAUAGCCCAGCACAAGUUGAUUAGGGUGGUGUUGAAUCUGAGCCCACGUACUCAUAUUGGUAGGAGCCAGUUUAAGGAGCUCAUUGGCUGCCCGUUGAGUCAAGGGUCACACAGACCAUGCUUAGUCUGGUACAUAGGAUCAUCCAUGGGGCAGCACCUAUGUAUUUGUCUGAGAUUACUUUCCCCAUGUUAGAGGCUCACACAACCACAACACUAGAGCUAGGAUAGCUAAUGUCUGUGUAAGCUGUUGGCGCCGGAGGAGAUGGCUGCCGUCUUACGGCCCUCUAACCAAUUGUGCUAUUAUGUGUGUUUUUUCGCGUUAUUUGUAAUUUAUCUGUACAUAAUGUUUCUGCCACCGUCUCUUAUGACCCAAAAGAGCUUCUGGAUAUCAGGACAGUGAUUACAAACCUCGUAUUGGACAAAUAUUUUUUCUUCAACGAGUCGGAUGCGAAGGAUAUUCUACAGACACCCGACAAGGCCCAAAUCCCUGUCAUUCGCAAGAGAAAGAGACGGAGAUAUCGUGGACGUAGGUCGGGGUGGCUUGUAAGGAUCCCAUGGCGAGCGAGUAAUCUGCCUCUUCCAUCAAUCCUAUUAGCCAACGUGCAAUCAUUUGAAAACAAAAUGGACGACCUAAGAUCAAGAAUGUCCUACCAACUGGACAUUAAACUCUGUUUCACCAAGUCGUGGCUGAACGACGACAUGGAUAACAUGCAGCUGGAGGGAUAUACGCUACAUCUGCAGGAUAGAACGGCUGACUCCGGUAAGACAAGGGACUCUAACCCGGGCGCUUAUAAGAAAUCCCACUAUGCCCUCCAACGAACCAUCAAACAGGCAAAGAGUCAAUACAGGACUAAGAUUGAAUAGUACCACACCGGCUCCGACGCUCAUCGGAUGUGGCAGGGCUUGCAAACUAUUACAGACUACAAAGGGAAGCACAGCUGCGAGCUGCCCAGUGACACGAGCCUACCAGACGAGCUAAAUUUACAUUUUACAUUUUAGCAGACGCUCUUAUCCAGAGCGACUUACAGUUAGUGAGUGCAUACAUUAUUAUUUUUAUUUAUUUUUCAUACUGGCCCCCCGUGGGAAUCGAACCCACAACCCUGGCGUUGCAAACGCCAUGCUCUACCAACUGAGCUACAUCCCUGGGAAUUACCAAACUAAUCACUUCUAUGCUCGUUUCGAGGCAAGCAACACUGAAGCAUGCAUGAGAGCAUCAGCUGUUCCGGAUGACUGUGAUCACGCUCUCCAUAGCCGAUGUGAGUAAGACUUUUAAGCAGGUCAACAUUCACAAGGCCGCAGGGCCAGACGGAUUACCAGGACGUGUAUUCCGAGCAUGCGCUGACCAACUGGCAAGUGUCUUCACUGACAUUUUCAACAUGUCCCUGACUGAGUCUGUAAUACCAUCAUGUUUCAAGCAGACCACCAUAGUCCCUGUACCCAAGAACACUAAGAUAACCUGCCUAAAUGACUACCGAUCUGUAGCACUCACGUAUGUAGCCAUGAAGUGCUUUGAAAGGCUGGUCAUAGCUCACAUCAACACCAUUAUCCCAGAAACCCUAGACCCACUCCAAUUUGCAUACCGCCCCAACAGAUCCACAGAUGAUGCAAUCUCUAUUGCACUCCACACUGCCCUUUCCCACCUGGACAAGAGGAACACCUACGUGAGAAUGCUAUUCUUUGACUACAGCUCAGCGUUCAACAUCAUAGUGCCCUCAAAGCUCAUCACUAAGCUAAGAACCCUGGGACUAAACACCUCCCUCUGCAACUGGAUCCUGGACUUCCUGUUGGGCCGCCCCCAAGUGGUAAGGUUAGGUAACAACAUUUUUACAUUUACAUUUACGUCAUUUAGCAGACCCUCUUAUCCAGAGCGACUUACAGUUAGUGAGUGCAUAAAUUUGUAUUUUAUUUUUAUUUUUUCAUACUGGAAUCGAACCCACAACCCUGGCGUUGCAAAUGCCAUGCUCUACCAACUGAGCUACAUCCCUGCUAGCCAUUCCCUCCCCACUCACUGGACGAUGCUGGGCCAAUUGUGCGCCGCCCCAUGGGUCUCCCGGUCUCGGCCGGCUACGACAGAGCCUGGAUUCGAACCAGGAUCUCUAGCUCUAGUCCUGCGCCACUCGGAAGGACAACACAUCUGCCACGCUGAUUUUCAACACGGGGGCCCCUCAGGGAUGCGUGCUCAGUCCCCUCCUGUACUCCCUGUUCACCCAUGACUGCAUGGGCCAGGCACGACUCCAACACCAUAAUUAAGUUUGCCGACGACACAACAGUGGUAGGCCUGAUCACCGACAACGAUGAGACAGCCUAUAGGGAGGAGGUCAGAGACCUGGCUGUGUGGUGCCAGGAUAACAACCUCUCCCUCAAUGUGAUCAAGACAAAGGAGAUGAUUGUGGAAUACAGGGAAAAAAAGAGGACUGAGCACGCCCCCAUUCUCAUCGACGGGGCUGUAGUGGAACAGGUUGAGAGCUUCAAGUUCUUUGGUGUCCACAUCACCAACAAACUAUUAUGGUCCAAACACACCAAGACAGUCGUGAAGAGGGCACGACAAAGCCUAUUCCCCCUCAGGAGACUGAAAAGAUUUGGCAUGUGUCCUCAGAUCCUCAAAAAGUUAUACAGCUGCACCAUCAAGAGCAUCCUGACUGGUUGCAUCACCGCCUGAUAUGGCAACUGCUCAGCCUCCGACCGCAAGGCACUACAGAGGUUAGUACGUACAGCCUAGUACAUCACUGGGGCCAAGCUUCCUGCCAUCCAGGACCUCUAUACCAGGCAGUGUCAGAGGAAGGCCCUAAGAAUUGUCUCCAGCCACCCUAGUCAUAGACUGUUCUCUCUGCUACCGCACAGCAAGCGGUACCGGAGCGCCAAGUCUAGCUCCAAAAGGUUUCUUAACAGCUUCUACCCCAAGCCAUAAGACUCCUGAACAGCUAAUCAUGGUUACCCGGACUAUUGGCAUUAACCCCCCUCCACCCCACCCCACCCCACCCGACCCCACCCCACCACACCCCCUCUUUUACGCUGCUGCUACUCUGUUUAUUAUCUAUUCAUAGUUACUUUAACUCUACCCACAUGUACAUAUUACCUCAAUUACCUCAACUAAAAGGUUCCCCUGCACAUUGACUCUGUACCGGUUCCCUCUGAAUAUACAGUUGAAGUCUGAAGUUUACAUACACUUAGGUUGGAGUCAUUAAAACUCAUUUUUUCAACCACUCCACAAAUUUCGUGUUAGCAAACUAUAGUUUUGGUAAGUCGGUUAGGACAUCUACUUUGUGCAUGACACAAGUAAUUUUUCCAACAAUUGUUUACAGACAGAUUAUUUCACUUAUAAUUCACUGUAUCACAAUUCCAGUGGGUCAGAAGUUUACAUACACUAAGUUGACUGUGCCUUUAAACAGUUUCAGAAAAUGAUGUCAUGGCUUUAGAAGCUUCUGAUAGGCUAAUUGACAUAGUUUGAGUCAAUUGGAGGUGUACCUGUGGAUGUAUUUCAAGGCCUACCUUCAAACUCAGUGCCUCUUUACUUGACAUCAUGGGAAAAUCAAAAGAAAUCAGCCAAGACCUCAGAAAACAAAUUGUAGACCUCCACAAGUCUGGUUCAUCCUUGGGAGCAAUUUCCAAACGCCUGAAGGUACCACGUUCAUCUGUACAAACAAUAGUACGCAAGUAUAAACACCUUGGGACCACACAGCUGUCAUACCGCUCAGGAAGGAGACGUGUUCUGUCUCCUAGAGAUGAAUGUACUUUGGUGGGAAAAGUGCAAAACAAUCCCAGAAAAACAGCAAAGGACCUUGUGAAGAUGCUGGAGGAAACAGGAACAAAAGUAUCUAUAUCCACAGUAAAACGAGUCCUAUAUCGACAUAACCUGAAAGGCCACUCAGCAAGGAAGAAGCCACUGCUCCAAAACCACCAUAAAAAAGCCAGACUACGGUUUGCAAUUGCACAUGGGAACAAAGAUCAUACUUCUUGGAGAAAUGUCCUCUGGUCUGAUGAAACAAAAAUAGAACUGUUUGGCCAUAAUGACCAUCGUUAUGUUUGGAGGAAAAAGGGGGUGCUUGCAAGCCGAAGAACACCAUCCCAAUCGUGAAGCACUGGGGUGGCAGCAUCAUGCUUUGGGGGUGCUUUUCUGCAGGAGGGACUGGUGCACUUCACAAAAUAGAUGGCAUCAUGAGGAAGGAAAACUAUAUCGAUAUAUUGAAGCAACAUCUCAAGAAAUCAGUCAGGAAGUUAAAGCUUGGUCGCAAAUGGGUCUUCCAAAUGGACAAUGACCACAAGCAUACUUCCAAAGUUGUGGCAAAAUGGCUUAAGGACAACAAAGUCAAGGUAUUGGAGUGGCCAUCACAAAGCCUUGACCUCAAUCCUAUAGAAAAUGUGUGGGCAGAACUGAAAAAGCGUGUGCGAGCAAGGAGGCCUACAAACCUGACUCAAUUACACCAGCUCUGUCAGGAGGAAUGAGCCAAAAUUCACCCAACUUAUUGUGGGAAGCAUGUGGAAGGCUACCUGAAACGUUUGACCCAAGUUAAACAAUUUAAAGGCAAUGCUACCAAAUACUAAUUGAGUGUAUGUAAACUUCUGACCCACUGGGAAUGUGAUGAAAGAAAUAAAAGCUGAAAUAAAUCAUUCUCCCUACUAUUAUUCUGACAUUUCACAUUCUUAAAAUAAAGUGGUGAUCCUAACUGAUCUAAAACAGUUUUUUUUACUAGGAUUAAAUGUCAGGAAUUGUGAAAAACUGAGUUUAAAUGUAUUUGGCUAAGGUGUAUAUCAACUUCCGACUUCAACUGUAGCCUCCCUACUGUUAUUUUAUUUUACUGCUGCACUUUAGUUGUUUAUUUUUAUUUUUUACUUACCAAUUUUUUACUUAACACUUUUUUUCUUAAAACUGCAUUGUUGGUUAAGGGCUUGUAAGUAAGCAUUUCACUGUAAGGUCUACACCUGUUGUAUUCGGCGCAUGUGGCAAAUAAAAUUUUAUUUGAUUUGAAAUAGAUACUGAAGCUUGACAGGGAAAGGUACUUUUUUAUUUUCAGGAUCCUCUGGGUGGAAUAGUCUUCCUCUGAGUAGCUUUAAAAGGAAGGUGAAAUCCUGGUUAAUGGAUAGUGUGCCUCUAUGAGCAAUCCCUCCUAGCUUAAUGAUGAUGACCAAAUAGUUUUCCUUUGUGUAUAGUGUAUAUGUUGUGUGUUUAUAUUACUAAGUAACCAAAUUGCCAUUUUAGCUGCUGUUUUUUAUUCUGCCACAGAUGCCAAACUUGCCAAAUGCUAUCAUGAAAGAGGACCACAAUGGACAUGUCGUAGACUUGUGUUUGUCCUCGAUGAUUCUUAAUCAAGUGCAUAAUUUUGUAUGUGUACCUUGUUUUUAAAUGAUCAAAUAAACAAAAAAAUACAAAUAAUCUCUGUCUCUCUGUCUCUGUCUCUGUCGCUGUCUCUGUCUCUGUCUCUGUCUCUCUCUCUCUCUCACUCUCAUAUUUAAAUGACCUCAUAUGACUGGGGAAAUAUGUCUGAGAGAAUUCAAUAGAAGUAAAACAAAUUAGCAACAAUAAUGGCCCUAGGGAUGUUUUGCUUUGCUCCAGUAUUUGUUUUCAGAGUUGGACUGUUGUUGUGAGGAUUACCAGUGGUAUGUGGUACUGGCUCAAGGGUACCAUGGUGCCCACUAAAAAGCUAAACCCAAACCUAAUUCACCAUGUGAAUGUGUUUAGUUCUCCUUCUGGCAAAAGCUGCAUAUUGCAUUUCUAUUUACACAGGUUCUGUGUUUCCUUCAAUAUAAAACAAGUAAAACUAAAAUACAAAUAAUACUCAUGAUAGACAUAAACAAUAUGAAUUUCAUCUGCAGUCAGAUGUUGGCCACAUUGUUUUGGGCUCAAGUUUUUGUAUCUAUCUGAUUUUCUAGAACAAAUAGUCCUUCGAUUUAUUCACAAUAACAAACAAACUGCCCGCGGUCACGUUGCCAGGCCGAUUGUCCUUUCAUUUCCCCUUGUGUCCUGCUCUCUACUUCCUCUUUCCUCCACUGAAUGGUGUCAUGUGACCCCGGUCUAGACCUGCUCCCACACGGGCCAGACCAGACCAGAAUUCUCUUCUCCUCUUUCUCCUCUCUCUCCUUUCUCCUCUCUUUUUUUUCGUCCUCCUUGCUAUGCUAGAGAGAAGGCCAUCUUCUAGCAUUACAUUACAGAGAACACUGGAGUGGUUAUGUUCCGUUAUGAAUAAUUCACACUCAUUCAAUGUCAUAACGUGAAUGGAGACUGCCAAAGCUUAGCCGACGGCGCCAUUUUUCCACGGCUCGGGUCUGAGUUGAAGCCGCCAUGCCCUGUUUUCACAACUGGGUUCACUAACUGCUGAGUCAGUGGUGUUGUUUGCAGGCCUUACAAUAUCUGUCUAUCUUUCUGUCUGUCUCUAAUACACACAAAACACACAUACAUCGAUUUGGGAUAGGAACUUCCAAGUGACUUAGAAGGGACUUCCUUUUUAGAUAAAGGUUAAUAAAUUAAUAGCAAACCAUGGUGCUACCAUCUCUCCCACCUGUCCCUCUACAGAGACAUUGACUUUGACUACCUGGAGUUCUGGUCGUGGAUUGGCCAACUCUUACAUUAACUAACCAUGGUCGUACCAUCACUCUCUCUCUCCCUCCAGAGACAAUGACUUUGACUACCUGGAGUUCCGGCUGUGGAUCGGCCUGUGGUCAGCUUUCUUUUGUCUGGUGCUGGUUGCCACAGACGCCAGCUUCCUGGUCAAGUACUUCACGCGUUUCACGGAGGAGGGCUUUUCAUCCCUCAUCUCCUUCAUCUUCAUCUACGAUGCCUUCAAGAAGAUGCUGAAGCUGGCCCACUACAACCCCAUCAACGCUGACUACGACCCCAACUACGUCACAACGUACGACUGCCGCUGCAUGCCCCUACCGGACGACGGUAUGCUGAUCAGCACUGUGCUCACAGCUCAUUGGCCUUUGUGUAGUUUAAACUAAUCAGAUCAGAAGGUGCUAAUGAUGAUGGUCCAGGUGACAACAGGGGUGUAGCUACCGAAGAGGGUUUGGCCCAUGUUAUAUAUAAUCUCUUUCUGGUUCUGUGGUUUGGCCAGUGUUGCUCUAGCUUUGAGUUGGUGAGCUCACAUCCCAUUGCCAUCACUUUAGCCCAGAAAACAGGCGUUACACAAUUUUCCGCAAUAUUUAAACUGGGGAUAAUUAUAUGGUCCAAGUACGUGUUCACUUAAGAGAUAUCACUGUGUACUCUCUCAACAGUUUUACCAGGUCCUGUUUAGUGAGUGACUUGGCAGGUUUCUAUGGUUGUAGUACUGAGCGAUUAACCAAAAUGUCUGUACUCGUUUUUUUAAACAUCUAAUUGACCGACAUUGGUUCAAUUAGUUGAAUUCCAUUUAGUUCUUAUUUUUUUUGUGAGCUCAAUGCGCAGUUUCUCUGGAGAUAAAUCAGAUCAAGCCCGAACUGUACGAUGUAGUAGGGAAUUAUAGUUUCCAACAGGCCAAUAUUCUACAUAGUUUAGCGCAGAAAACGUGUUAUUUAACUACAAUGACCAUAAUCCAUUGCGAGCCUACUUGUUCGGUCUGUGUGGGGCAGACACGGAGAGGGAGAGAAGAGACAGAAGACGCGUGUUUGAGAGGGAUAGAGAGUAGUUGCUUCGCAAAGUAUCUCCACCUGAAAAUACAUUAUCUAAGUGAUUGAUAGUUGAUAUUCAGCAGUCAUAAAAGUAUGCCUUAUUUACUUUGAAGAACUACUAAAAUAGUGAUUUUGUCAGACAGCAUAGGCAGCAGCUGUAUAGAGAUGAGAUGAGAUGACUUGAAAUGAAAUAAUAAAGUAAGGAAAUAAAACAUUGAAUAUACAUAACAAUUGAAAGAUUUUAUUAAAGUAAUGUGAAUUAAUGUUGGUUAAUAAGUGAUAAGCAAUAAUGGCCAGUCACUACUGUCAUGGGACUUUUAUUCUGUAUUUUUACAGGAUUCAACACACAUAAUGCAUAAUGCAUUUAAUACAAAAAAAAUUAAUAAUAAUCAAAACCAAAAUCGAAAACUGUGAUUAUUUUUUUAUAUUCGAACUGAAACCGAACCGACCUCAAAAGCACUAAUCGCUCAGCACUAUAUGGUUGGGGGGAGAUAUGUUGUUGUGACUGAGCCAAACUAGCAUUAAGAUUUAUCCUCAGGGGCUCCGAUUAAAGUAACACUGCAUAUGCCUGAGCCUGUCAACCGUCACCUCUCUCCUUUGACAAUUCAGACAAAAGGCUAGUGUUUAAAACUCAAAGGAAAAUGCAUGUUAUAGUUUGACAAGUACCUCGUAAAGUGGUUUUGUGGAGACCUCACUGUCGUUGUUUUUGUUGUGGUUUGUUUCCUUCCAGGCAAUAUGACGGGUCUCUAUAGCGAUGCCUCUUCCUGGAUAAACGAUACUGAUCUGGUAAGCAGCAGUCACUUGAGUGUUUCUUCUCUGACAGCCAUAUCAUCUUCAGUCACAAGGUCUGAAGGAAAUCUAUAUUUCUGAGUGUGUCUCAGACAGGAAUGUGUCUGAGCUGGUGUGAGUUAAUUAGGUUAUGAUAGUGUUAUCCGCAUUGUUGAUGGACAACGCUAUCAUUAACUGAUUUGAAUUAAAUCAAUAUUUAAAUCAAUAGUAAAGAUGUUUCUUUCACUUAUGUCGUGAAAAGUUUUUUUUCCCGGGAUUUAGGAGAUUCUGCAUGUACAUAUUCAGUUUAUCCUUUAGUCAUGACUCAUGAUGUAAUGGUUUUGUCUGUGUGUGUGUCUUGUGUCUGUGCAUGUUUGUGUGUGUGUCUGUGUUUCUCCCGUAGCCGGUAAACGCCACAUGGGCGUCUCUCGACAAGAAACAGUGUGUGAAGUAUGGUGGUGAGCUGAUUGGUCCGGCCUGCGGCUUCGUCCCUGACGUCACGCUGAUGUCAUUCAUACUUUUCCUGGGGACCUACACCUGCUCCAUGUGUCUCAAGAAGUUCAAGUUCAGCCGCUUCUUCCCCACCACUGUGAGUGACUGACAUCCCUAACCGCCAAUCACGUUUCAGGAUCAAAGUUGUGACAGCCCCGUCGGCCAAUCAUGUUUCAGGGUCUUAGUUUCACUGUCCCGCUGGCCAAUCAUGUUUUAGGAUCAGAGUUGGCUUGAUUUUUAAGAAAGGGAAAGGGGCGAAUGAAAUUGAAAUGUCAAAACAUUGUAUAGGACAGGUAAGUUGUGUGAACAGACAGUGGCAAUACAAUCAGGUUACUUUCUCUAUAUUUACAGAUAGAGUUGAUUCUACAGCAGUCAUGUGAUAGUUAGGCCCAUAUACCUACUGUAUGUCUGUCCUAGGAUUUCAUUACCUUCUAUGUUUUCUUGGCAAAUUUCCAUGAUCCAUGUCUGGGUUCAGUGGAGUGAAAUCUCCGGUUACAUCAGAUGAACAAAUCCAACCACCGGCAGCCCUGACCCUUUUGACCCAGUUAGCAUCCACUGCUUCUGUUAUUCCAGGUUUUAGUACAUAACGAUGUGUCAUGAUCAGAGUAUGUGAGCGGAGUUGGGCGGUCGGAAAUCCCUCUCAUCGCUCAUGGAGUGGUGCAGCGCUCCACAUCCUUUCCAACUGCUCUGCUAAAAACCUCUCCGCGCUUACUGGAAAAGAAAUGCUGCUCCAAAUUCGCUCCAUUCAUUAAAAUCACAAUUUAACCAACACCCAUUUAUUUUUGUAACUACCUGAACCUACCAUUUGGUUUUUAUGUAUUGAAACCAAACCAUAUGGAUUUGAACAAAAAGUAUUUUAAUAAACAUGAAAAGGUGAAUGUAAGUGCUCAUCAUUUCAAAUAGGCUACAUGUCGUAUUAAACAGUAUAUAAACACUCUAAAUAGGUCAGGAGCCAGACAGGGAGCCUUAGAAGGAACAAAAAUGAAUUAUUUAGGCUAUAUUACUUCAUUUAUUUCAAGGCUAUAGCCUACAAAGAAAUACAUUGUGAAGCAUUUGCAAGUGCGACACUAGGCUGGUAGGGACAUAAAGAACUCAGCAUUUAAACAACAUUUCGUUGUAUUAAAUCAUUAUAGCCUAUAAAUUGCGCAUAAUGGCUAUCUUUGAAUUUGUUUUUAGAAACACGAGUCUGGCGAUGGUGCCUGGAGAGCAGGCCAACAGCGGAGAAUAUCCUAUCCGCGCUUGCAGAGCCACUGGGAAUGCUAAACACCCUUCGGGCCACUCUUGGCAGGCUGGGCAGAGAUGCAGUUGACGCCUCAAGUGACGCCUCAAGCAUUGCGAUGCAGUGCCUUAGACUGCUGCCCCACUCGGGAGGCCCUAUUGUACCUGUGUGUUUGAUCAGUUUCUUUAUUAAAAUAUUUAGCGAACUCCAUGACAGUAGCUAAAGCAAGGGGCUAUAGCAGCACACAAGUAGAAUACAAAUGCAUGCUGAGUCAGGCAUGCCCUGAGCUCGAGUGAGCGCUACUGGAGCGAAAUUGGAGCGGGCAAGAAGGCUGACGCUCCAGCCUUUGGGAAUCUCGCUCCUCGCUCCAGUCAAAUUGGGCACUCUCCGCUCCAGCUCUGCUCACAUACUCUGGUCAUGAUGUACAGCACAUCGCUUUAAAGCUCCUUGCUCCCCCCUCCUUGCUGUGACAUUCUCGGGUUAGUUGAUAGGCUCAGAUGUCCAUGAGAAUCUUUGCAGGAAGGUGAGAUGUUGACCACUAACACUGUGCAAGGGGGAAUGGGAUGUACUAAAGUGUAAGUCUAUUUGUUAGAGUGGGUAUACACUAACACUACACUUACACUUCAGUGUAUCUGUAUCCUUAAAUAUAAACAAAACACCAGUGGAUGAACUGCCUGGUAUACAGUAUGGGCAGUACUCAUCUCUGUAUUGCUCCAGUGGAGGAGGGCCCCAUCCUCUUGUCCUCAUUCACACACAGUCAUUACACUAGUAGUGUGUGUUAAGCUAGCCAAGAGUCCUCUCUAGACUCCGGGGCCUUUGAGUAGGAGUGUUUAUAUAGGUAGAUCAUAAUGAUUAAGAGGGGGGGGGACCUGAUCCUAGAUCAGCACUCUUUUUGAAUACAGGCCCAGAACAAGGCUCACUUUACCCUGCUCCUCGCUACUCUCUCUGCUAACUGCCUUAUCUGUCUCAUUGUCCUGCAUUGCUGGCUUGGACCCUAUAGCAUGGCAGGACCGUAGACCAGUGCUGGACUUGGGCAGGAGCUCAGCAGUACUGAGUAAACGCACCACACAUUUUCUACUGCUUGAGUUCCUGCACCUCUCAUAAAAUAUUAGCUCAAAAGUAUUGUGCAGUUCCUGCACCUAAAUAUAAACAGUACCGGCACCCAAAAUGAGUAAUGGCACUUAUUUUAGACCAAGUCAAGCACUGCCGUAGACGUAAAAAUUCCACUCAUUUACCGCACUGUGGGAGGGAGGGCAGGAUCAGAGGGAGGGUGGGGCGCGUGGGUUGAACUUUCCCAGGAGGCCAUGUACUGAAGCUUUCCUCCAUUACUUACUGUAGGCCAUGCAUAGGAACGGGCCUGAACCAUGGUUAGUGCACAACAUGAAUCCAGUACCCAAUUUACAGUAAAGGGUUUCAAUGUUUGGAAACAUGGCUCAAAUAUAUGGAGCAAUACGGUAACAGUAAUCUAAAUAUACAAUAUGUACAGUGAAAUUAAUGUGAAAUCUGAGAUAAUUGGAACAUUUUGGUUAACCUUAUUAUAAUCAUCUCCCCCAACAAAGCUUUGGCUAAAUACCUGUACUCAAUGAAACUACAUUGGUCAUAAUGGCUUAGCUGGGAACCAUUCUGCUCCACUCUCGUGAACAUAUUAUUGUGUGACGAAAAAGGGUAGGUCUUACUGCAUUGCCUUAGCCAAAAGCCUUGUCAAACUCAACAUGGUUGUACCUCCCUAUUGUACCGCAGGUGAGGAAACUGAUCAGUGAUUUUGCCAUCAUCCUGGCUAUUGUCAUCUUCUGUGGUGUGGAUGCCCUGGUCGGAGUGGACACACCCAAGCUCAUCGUGCCAACUGAAUUCAAGGUGAGUACCAGGGUGGAUGUCCGUGGUAUUGAGAAAGGCCUUGUGCAGAAAUGUUGGCUUUGUAUAUUGUCCACUAUAUCCUCUGUUCUUGUUUUGUAUAGUGCGCAGGUUCACACCUACAUUCACUUCAGUGAUGAUGCUUUAAAUUCAAGUACAAGCAAAUGUGUAUGUAGUACACUCUGGUCCAGAUUUUGAUUGAUAUAUUGAAAUGAUAUCGUUUUCUAGAGUUACACAAGAGGGACAGGUGUAUCAAUCAGAUCUCCACCUGAACAAUGCUGCAUUUUCUUAGGCAGACAUAAAGUCAUUAUUAUUAUUAUUAUUAUUAUUUAUUUUUUUGGGGGGUGGAAUGGAUCAGCUUAAUAUUGCAGAUAGAUUGUAUCUUCUAUCAAUGUAAUUGUCUGCAUCACUUCCAAUCCCCCAUGUUUUUUAUAUAUAUAUUCCCCUUUAUUACUUUUCAACCCCACCAUCCUUUCCCUACUUGGAGUAAAUUAGUGAACAACAAUGCCCAGGCCUCUACUUCCGGUCUAUACUUACUAUCUACACCUUAUGGACAGAGUUAAUUUUACAAUAAUUAUAUUAUAUAUAUAUAUAUAUAUAUAUAUAUAUAUAUAUAUAUAUAUAUAUAUAUAUAUAUAUAUAUAUAUAUAUAUUUUAUUAAUUUUUUGCUCCUGAACUUCUUCUACUCUCAACCUCUCCGAUCAUUUUCAUGAUGUCCAUCCGGUACAGGGACAGGUGUAUCAAUCAGAUCUCCACCUGAACAAUGCUGCAUUUUCUUAGGCAGACAUAAAGUCUUUGUAAUCCUUGUAUUAAAGUAUUGUAUAAUCAUUACCUGGCUGUGUACUACUGCCAAGGAGGGAGAGCAGAUAGAACCUGAAACUCAGAUACAGAGCCCGUGACUGAGAUUAUUAGCUUACCUUAGUUUACCUUACCUCACUGGGGCCGAAUGGUGGAGGGAGUGGGGGUGAGGAGGGGUGAAGUAUCGAGCGUGGGGGUUGGGGAGGGGGGAGGUUGAAUGGGGCAAGGGUGAUGUGGGGGUGGAGGAAGGGUAAGAGGGGGUGUGGGGAGGGUGUGUGCAUCAAAUAACAAGGUGAUUAUAGGACAUGGGGAGAACACUGGGGGCCUUAUGGUUGCAGGUACAGACACAGCUUUGUGCAACUGCAGACUAACUCAGAGUGUUUUUUGUUGUUGUGUAAUGAUGUACAGUGAGGGGAAAAAAGUAUUUGAUCCCCUGCUGAUUUUGUUUGCCCACUGACAAAGUAAUGAUCAGUCUAUAAUUUUAAUGGUAGGUUUAUUUGAACAGUGAGAGACAGAAUAACAACAACAAAAAUCCAGAAAAACGCAUGUCAAAAAUGUUAUACAAUGAUUUGCAUUUUAAUGAGGGAAAUAAGUAUUUGACCCCCUCUCAAUCAGAAAGAUUUCUGGCUCCCAGGUGUCUUUUAUACAGGUAACGAGCUGAGAUUAGGUGCACACUCUUAAAGAGAGUGCUCCUAAUCUCAGCUUGUUACCUGUAUAAAAGACACCUGUCCACAGAAGCAAUCAAUCAAUCAGAUUCCAAACUCUCCACCAUGGCCAAGACCAAAGAGCUCUCCAAGGAUGUCAGGGACAAGAUUGUAGACCUACAAAAGGCUGGAAUGGGCUACAAGACCAUCGCCAAGCAGCUUGGUGAGAAGGUGACAACAGUUGGUGCGAUUAUUCGCAAAUGGAAGAAACACAACAGAACUGUCAAUCUCCCUCGGCCGGGUGCUCCAUGCAUGAUCUCACCUCGUGGAGUUGCAAUGAUCAUGAGAACGGUGAGGAAUCAGCCCAGAACUACACGGGAGGAUCUUGUCAAUGAUCUCAAGGCAGUUGGGACCAUAGUCACCAACAAAACAAUUGGUAACACACUACGCCGUGAAGGACUGAAAUCCUGCAGCGCCCGCAAGGUCCCCCUGCUCAAGAAAGCACAUAUACAGGCCCGUCUGAAGUUUGCCAAUGAACAUCUGAAUGAUUCAGAGGAGAACUGGGUGAAAGUGUUGUGGUCAGAUGAGACCAAAAUCGAGCUCUUUGGCAUCAACUCAACUCGCCGUGUUUGGAGAAGGAGGAAUGCUGCCUAUGACCCCAAGAACACCAUCCCCACCGUCAAACAUGGAGGUGGAAACAUUAUGCUUUGGGGGGGGGGGGUUUCUGCUAAGGGGACAAGACAACUUCACCGCAUCAAAGGGACGAUGGACGCGGCCAUGUACCGUCAAAUCUUGGGUGAGAACCUCCUUCCCUCAGCCAGGGCAUUGAAAAUGGGUCGUGGAUGGGUAUUCCAGCAUGACAAUGACCCAAAACACACGGCCAAGGCAACAAAGGAGUGGCUCAAGAAGAAGCACAUUAAGGUCCUGGAGUGGCCUAGCCAGUCUCCAGACCUUAAUCCCAUAGAAAAUCUGUGGAGGGAACUGAAUGUUCGAGUUGCCAAACGUCAGCCUCGAAACCUUUAUGACUUGGAGAAGAUCUGCAAAGAGGAGUGUGACAAAAUCACUCCUGAGAUGUGUGCAAACCUGGUGGCCAACUACAAGAAACGUCUGACCUCUGUGAUUGCCAGCAAGGGUUUUGCCACCAAGUACUAAGUCAUGUUUUGCAGAGGGGUCAAAUACUUAUUUCCCUCAUAAAAAUGCAAAUCAAUUUAUAACAUUUUUGACAUGCGUUUUUCUGGAUUUCUUUGUUGUUAUUCUGUCUCUCACUGUUCAAAUGAACCUACCAUUAAAAUUAUAGACUGAUCAUGUCUUUGUCAGUGGACAAACGUACAAAAUCAGCAGGGGAUCAAAUACUUUUUUCCCUCACUGUACCUCCCCAGGACUUUUUGAAUCUUAUUCAAAGUGCCGCAGAAUAAGGACGUUUUGUUUCCGUGAGGUUACAUUUUUUAAAUGAGAGGAAACGUUUUAGGUUAUUGUUGGGGCAACCAUAUCACAUUUUACAUUGAGUCAUGACAUACUCAUAACAACAACAUUACAUUUCUAAGAACACCCUGAAACCAUGACCAUGUUUGCCUGGUGAGGAUAAAGUGUGUGAGAGUCUGUUGUCCUGUGUGUUUAAAUCAACCCUGGCCUACAAUAUUUAUCUCUGCUCCUGGUCCCCAGCCCACCAGCCCCAACCGUGGCUGGUUCGUGCCCCCGUUCGGAGGGAACCCAUGGUGGGUGUAUCUGGCUGCAGCCCUCCCUGCUCUCCUGGUCACCAUCCUGGUGUUCAUGGACCAGCAGAUCACUGCUGUCAUCGUCAACAGAAAGGAGCACAAACUCAAGGUGAGGAGUGGGAGGAUGAAGGGGCUCUGGGUCAGCGGGGUAAAGAGAUUAGAUAAGAUAUUGACUUAAUACACACUGAUCUUGACAGAAGAAAUCUGGCUCACAAUCGGCGUUCCAAUUCAUCCCAAAGUUGUUCGAUGGGGUUGAGGUCAGGGCUCUGUGCAGGCCAGUCAAGUUCUUCCACACCAUUCUCGACAAACCAUUUCUGUAUGGACCUUGCUUUGUGCACCGGGUCAUUGUCAUGCUGAAACAGGAAAGGGCCUUCCCCAAACUGUUGCCACAAAGUUGGAAGCACAGAAUCGUCUAGAAUGUUAUUGUAUGCUGUAGCGUUAAGAUUUCCCUUCACUGGAGCUAAGAGGCCUAGCCCGAACCAUGAAAAACAGCCCCAGACCAUUAUUCCUCCUCCACCAAACUUUACAGUUGGCACUAUACAUUUGGGCAGGUAGCGUUCUCCUGGCAUCCGCCAAACCCAGAUUCAAUCGUCGGACUGCCAGAUGGUGAAGCGUGAUUCAUCACUCAAGAGAACGCGUUUCCACUGCUCCAGAGUCCAAUCGCGGCAAGCUUUACACCACUCCAGCCGACGCUUGGCAUUGCACUUGGUGAUCUUAGGCUUGUGUGUAGCUGCUCGGCCAUGGAAACCCAUUUCAUGAGCUCCCAAUGAACAGUUAUUGUGCUGACGUUGCUUCCAGAGGCAGUUUGGAACUCAGUAGUGAGUGUUGCAACCACGGACAGACGAUUUGUACGCACUACGCGCUUCAGCACUUGUUGCUCCUAGAUGUUUCCACUUCACAAUAAUAUAACUUACAGUUGACCGGGGCAGCUCUAGCAGGGCAGAAAUUUGAUGAAUUGACUUGUUGGAAAGGUGGCAUCCUAUGAUGAUGCCACAUUGAAAGUCACUGAGCUCUUUAGUACGGGCCAUUCUACUGCCAAUGUUUGUCUAUGGAGAUUGCAUGGUUGUGUGCUCGAUUUUAUACAUCUGUCAGCAACGGGUGUGACUGAAAUAGGCGAAUCCACUAAUUUGAAGGGAUGUCCACAUGCUUUUGGUGAUGUAGUGUAUCUUAAGAGAAAGUUAAUGAGCUGUAAAAGAACAGAGGGGCGACAACACUUUGUAUGGGAUGUUACGUCAAUGGUAACUCGUUUGAUUCCUUGUGGUUAGUGGUUACUGACACACACCUCUCAAUUUCCUUCUCUUCUCUCUUUCCACCUCCACACAGAAAGGGGCAGGCUACCACUUGGACCUGUUCUGGGUAGCAAUACUACUCAUCGUGUGUUCCUUCAUGGGCCUGCCCUGGUACGUGGCUGCCACUGUCAUCUCCAUCGCCCACAUCGACUCUCUGAAGAUGGAGACCCAGUGCUCGGCCCCUGGGGAGCAGCCCAAGUUCCUGGGUGUCAGGUGGGUGAGCAGGGAGGGGAGGGAGGGAGGUGAGAAGGGAGGAAUGGAAGAAGAGUCAGUGAAGCGAAGAGAGCUAUCAGAGCAGAAAGACUCCUGUCUCCUUUACAUGUAGCCUGCAGUACAAUGGCCUUGAGUUUCACUUUGCCAUUCCCACAUAGUCACAUUUUGUUUAAGAUUAAAUAGAAUACAUUUUACAAUCUUGUAGCAGUACAUGAACAUGAUGAAGUUUUUUGAUUGUCACAUCAGAACAGUGGACAAAAAAGUUAGAAAAUUGACUGUGGUUGAUGUGGUGUUUGUAUGAUGUGAUGUGUGAUGAACUAUGCCUUCUUACCGCAGGGAGCAGAGAGUGACCGGUGUCAUUGUCUUCGUUCUGACUGGACUGUCUGUCUUCAUGGCUCCUAUCCUUAAGGUAGCGCUUCAUACACCUGUUCAUUCCCCAAUUCCCUUUAAAUCUACUGGCUCUUUACCUUUCAAUGUACCUACCCAUUCCCUAAAUCCAUCCUAUUAAUUCCCUUUAAAUCUAUAAUAAUAUAUGCCAUUUAGCAAACGCUUUUAUCCAAGGCGACUUACAGUGGUGCUUGCAUACAUUUUCAUAUGAGUGGCCUUAGCUGGAAUCAAACCCACAAUCCUGACAUUGCUCUUGCCACUACCUGAGCCUCACAGGACCACAAAUCUACCUGUUCAUUCCUUUAAAUCUAACUUUUCUGUUCUCAAUUUACUGGAUUACUGUUCUCCCCUUUCAGUGGGAAAUCCCAUCACUCAUUCCAAUUGUAAAUAAUGGGAAUUAUUGUGGUUAUCCAAUUAGUGAGGAGCCUAGUUGAUGUGAUGUGAAAUAAGCGUGUUCAUCAUCGGGGCUUAGGGUCAGGUUGCAGCUCAGUGAAUAUGACUUCUCCGGUUUCCUGUUCUCUCCUUAAUCUGACUGUCAUAAAUGACUUUCCAGUGCUGUGAGUGGGAAUGGUCCUCCCCCUUGUGGACCGUUUGGAGUAGUGACAUCUCUAUCUCUGAGAUGGUGUCUUUUCCAGUGUAGUCUACUGUAGUCUCUUCACAUCCCUUAGCUCCCCGAGCCAUGUAGUGUGUGUAUGUGGGGGGGUCUUGUGUGAGCUUACACUUGUGUGUGUGUGUGUGUGUGUGCAGGUAUUUGUGUGUGCGUUACAGUGUAGGGGUGGGGUAGUAGACUCUGGGGAUUAGGGUUACAGCAUUUGAUUUGAUUUGAUACCUGAUCGACUCGAGAGGUCAGCUCUAGUAACUGCACAUUCUAGUAAUGCCAGAUAAGGUGCUUAGGCAAUGUCAACUGACUACUAGUUUAGGCUGGUUCUGACUGUAAACACAUUGAUCACCUUCUACUCAGAGUAAAUGAGCGUUUUGUUUUGUUCUACAACAUCUAAUUAAGUAGGAGCUGAAGACACCAAAAAGGUUAACGAGGUGCAGACUAACGGACGAUAAACCUGCAAAAACAAGUUGCUGAUUUAUUUGAGAGCUAACAAAACAACAUGUCAUCAAAAGUUAUCACUGUUGUUAUUGAAAACAGGGUUAAUCCUAACCCUCUUUUUUGAUAAAAGACAUGUCUUCAUAUCAGUCCUAAAAAAUUGAAAAAGGAAGGAAUAUGUUUGUUGGUUGUGUUUCUGUGGAAAACAGCCUCUAUUACUUCCUUUGUGUCAUUCAGCCACUCCUGUUCUGUCUCCCCAGUUCAUCCCCAUGCCUGUGCUCUAUGGCGUGUUCCUCUACAUGGGCGUGGCAUCUCUCAAUGGUGUCCAGGUGAGUGGCUCUGACCCAAAAUUAAGUCUGAAAUUCUAGGCCUGUUAGUGCUAUUAACUGCCGCUUCCAUGUAUCUGGGCCUUACCGCGGUACAACUGUCAGUCAGAGAACACAGAGUCAAAAUGGAGUCUGAAACUCUGUGCCUGUUAGUUAUAUUAGUCCAUCAAUAAUAGUGUGUGUGAUGCCAGUCACAUCCCCAACCCAUGUAUUCUGGCCCUACUUCUGUACGACUGUCUGUCCAUCAGUUCAUGGAUCGCCUGCAGCUUCUCCUGAUGCCAGCCAAGCACCAGCCUGACCUGAUCUACCUGCGCCACGUUCCCCAGCGUCGUAUCCACCUGUUUACCUUCAUACAGGCCCUCUGUCUCGCCCUCCUCUGGGUCCUCAAGUCCACCGUCGCUGCCAUCAUCUUCCCCGUCAUGGUGAGCCAUACGCAUGCAACACACACGUGCACACAAACACACACAUACAAAUGCACGCACAGACACACACACUCACAGGUAUGUGUGCAACAGUCAGACACACACACACACAACCAUGCAAGUAAGUACACCUACAAGAUUAAAUGUACCAAUUAACCAAUAAUAAACCAUUCCUAAACAUACAGAUGGGUAACAUACGGUUGUGACACAUCCGCUCACAGUGUGGAAACCGUUACUAGCUGACACAAACACACAUACUGUACAAUGAAUCCAGCCACAUACCCACCAACACAGUAUAUAGUAGAACCAUUAUCUAUCUCCAUUGAUGUGUGUUUGUGUCCGUCUCUCCAGAUCUUGGCCCUGGUGGCGGUCAGAAAGGCCAUGGACUACAUCUUCUCCCAGCACGACCUCAGCUACCUGGAUGACGUCAUCCCGGAGAAAGACAAGAAGAAGAAGGAGGAUGAGAAGAGGAAGAAGAAACAGAAGAAAGGAAGCAUCGACAGUGAAAUCGAUUUUGUACGUACUUUUGAGGCUUUAUUGGAAGCGGAUCAGACUGCUUAAUUUCAUGUGUUUUUCCCAAGGGUUCUACCUUAUAGUAAUAAUAAUAGUAGUAGUAGUAGUAGUAGUACUAAUGUAGUACUAGCAUGUUAAUUUUUGUAGAACACUAGCCACUUAACUCAUGACCUGUCGUCCCUCCUAAAAGUCCACCACUCCUCAAAUCCUCCAUUUUUUUCACCUGUGUUCACCCUCUGUCCAAAACGAUCUCGCUCUCCGAAACUAUCCCUUCAGUGAACACUGUUCCCCAAGUGAGAACUGUCUAGCACUUUAUGUUACGGUACUGAAAUGAACACUCUGUCUGUCUGUCUGAGCACUGUCUUUUCCACUGAGGUACUGUACAGAAAUGACCAGGUGUUUGUGUAGAAACUACAUUGUAAAAUGGUUAAUUACACAGCACGAAUGACAUUAUGAAUUACUUGUUUGUUUCCUUGGGAUACUUUAAGACGAGCACCACUCCACAACAUUACAGUUAAUACAUGGGUCGUAUUCAUUAGGUACCAAACAGAAGUAAAAGGCAAUGAAACAAGUAAGGACUACCUGAACUUGUCCAAUGAGAAACACACGUUUUGGUUUUCCAUUGCAAAAUAUUUUUUUGCUACUGUGUGCCCUAAUGAAUACGACCCAAGUAAUUAGUUGCCAAUAUGUUGAAUGAGUUUAAGUAAGUAGCAGAAAAUAUAGCCAUUGUUAUUGUCUCUCCCUCCAGCCCUCUGAGUACCCCUACAAUGACAAUAUCCCCAGUAUUAAAAUCUCCAUGGAUAUAAUGGAGACGGAGCCCAUGUUGGGGGAUAAGGAUAAGGCCUCA